CCACUUAUCCCUUCCAUAGGAUUUCUUCUGCUUCUUAUGCUGCAGAACCCUGCUGGUAUACAGGCAGCAAAUUUAUUUGCAAAUGUUAAUGGCACAACAAAUUCCAGUGGAAUGUGUCAGUGUUCCGUGUACCUACCAGAUCCUGUCUUCCCAGUAGAAAAAGUCCAACAACUGCAGGCAACAGCUCAGUUUCUCAAUGUCAAGUUGGAGACAGAGGUGUCAAAGAUUCAAGAAUAUUCUAAGAAAAUAGAUGCUUAUGAAAGCAGAAUUGUAAACCUCACCUACAGACUUCAAGUGAUGGAGAAGACCAGCGUUAGCUAUAAUGAGCUAGAUUUUGAACUGAUACAAGUGGAAAUCAAGGAAAUGGAGGCUUUGGUUCUACAGCUAAAAUCCACUGUCACUGGUGGCAAAGGAAUUGUUGACCUUUUAUAUUCUGAGAUUCGGAAUAUGUCAGUGGAAAUAAACAAGCUUGAACAAUUUGAUAAAAACAAUAUCCUUGCAUUCCGUCGUGAGAUUGAUGCUCUGAAGCAACGGAUAAAACAAUGUGAAGAACAGAAUGCAGGACCUCACCCAAAUGUUCCAUCACCUCCUGAAUAUGGAAUGUGCAACCAUGGCCCCAUGUCCAACAUCAGCAAACCAUUUGUAGUGCAACUAAACUGGAGAGGAUUUUCAUAUCUUUAUGGUUCUUGGGGAAAAGAUCCUUCUCCUCGUCCCCCUAAGAAUGAACUUUACUGGGUUGCUACUCUAAACACAGAUGGAAGAUACCUGGAAUACUACAGGACACAUCAAAGCUAUGAUGAUUUGUUACUGUUCAAAAAUCCACGAGAACAGCGUAUAUUUUAUGGACAAGGUAGUGGUACAGUUGUGUAUAAUAAUUCUAUGUAUUACAACUGUCAUGGUUCUGCAGAUAUCUGUAAAACUGAUGUAGACACUAAUGCACUUAUUGUAAGAAAAACCCUUCCAGGUGCUGUAUAUAACAACAGAUUUUCCUAUGCUGGUGUUAACUGGCAGGAUUUUGAUUUUGCUGUUGAUGAAAGUGGUUUAUGGGUGAUUUACUCCACUGAGGCAAGCACAGGUAAUAUUGUUAUUAGCAAACUUAAUGAGACUACGCUCACUGUUGAAAAUACCUGGCAAACUAGGCAGUACAAACCAGCUGUAUCAAAUGCCUUUAUUGCAUGUGGAGUUCUUUAUGCUACAAGGACUGUAAGUACCAGGAAAGAAGAAUUAUUCUAUAUGUUUGACACAAAGACUGGAACUGAAAGUCACCUGAAUUUGGUGUUUGAUAAGAUGUUGGAAACAAUUCAAAGUAUUCAGUAUAAUCCAGCUGAUCACAAACUGUAUGUAUAUAAUGAUGGCUAUGAAGUAAUCUAUGAUGCGAUUUUUUUAUAGGGCUGUAAUUCAAAGUUAACCUUUUUAAAUAUUUUACAAUGUUCUUGAGUUAUUCUCUAGAUUACUUUUUAUGGCCUUCUUAGCUGCAUGAUAUCAGUUUAAAUGCAAUGCAUCUUCUUGCAAGGAUCUAGCCAGAAAUUUCUCUUCUGUAUUUAAAUGACAUAUUGUUUUAUCACUGACCCUACCUCUCAUGCACCUAGCAUUUAACAAACUAACACUUUUCUUUAACGGGCUUCACCUAUGCUUCAUCACAUUAAACACUAUGGAAAGCUGAACUCUUAACGAAAACAGCCAGUUGAACUUUCAACAUGAUAAGGCAUGUUGUAAAAAGUGUUCUGCAAGGAGGAAGGCCUCCUACACCACCAACAUGGAAUCAAACCCUCCAUACCCCCCCAGUGUUCAAUAUACCAUGUCCAUGAUUACACAAUCACAAAGAAAAUAAAAAUCAUUACAAAAGGAAUCACUGCCUAUGCACAAAUACAAGGCAUUUUUAAAAAUAACAGUGUUUGGUAUUUCAAACAUAGAGUUGAAAUUUGAAAUUAUGUCAACUUUGACAUUAAUGAAAUGCAUGUAUUCCUUCAAAGUCAGUCCCCUAUAGUGCUACGGAAAGUAUAUGCCAUUUUUAGAUAUCAUUCCUUACAGUCAUAAAUGUUCCAAUCUGCUGUUUACAGAUUCAGGUUCCAAAAAUUACUUUAGACAGUUAUAGAUGUUCUAGUCUGUAUCAGUUAUAAUAUUGUGAUAUUUAAGAAAAAGGGUGAUCAUAGUUAUGGGGCCAAAAGCAUGUUGCCAAACACCUCUUAAUGACUUGAAAUAAUAUCACUGAAUACAGAUGUUUUUCUUUCUGUUGUGGGUGGAAGUUCAACCCCUUUCCUCACAUUUACCUAAUGAAGAGAGCUGUUCCUCAGCAUCCUCCCCAAGUUCAUAGAAUCAUCUGUAAGGUUACUCCACCUUGGUAGAAAUGAAAAAAUCUGAUUAAUGUUUUUCUUCAGCCAUAUUGAUUUUUAGCCUGUAAUGUUCUUUUAGCUGAGUAACUGAUGCUGUACUUUUGACUUGAAUACAUUGAGCAUUCAUUGCUAUAUGCAAAUAUGAAUUUCAGACUUACUCAGAAAUAAAUAUAUCUAGUUAGAAAAAUGGUAUCUCCUAAAGGGUCAAUGUAACAUGACCAAGGGAAAAAAAUGAAUGAGUUAUUUAAUAUUAUUGGCAUUUCAUGAAGAUAACAUAUGUUUCUCAUGCUGAAAAUUGUAAUCAAAAGAUUGUAGUCAUUUCCAAAACUGAUUUUUAUAAGAGGGGAACCCCUCUCUCCUACACCUUCAACCUCCCACUCAUUAAUAUAAUCACCUCAAGCUCAGUACAAUGAACACAAAGGGCAAAUUACUGAAUUUUCACAAAUUCUCUGAAGUAUUUCCCUUUUGCUUUUCUUAAGUAAAUUCAUACACAAUGUACCAUUUCCAGAACCCAGUGUUUGAAUUGAUACAACUCACUUGUGAUCUAGCUGAAGAAUUGGUUCCAGUAUUAAAUGUCUGAUAUACUUUUAUAAAGCAUAUGAAGAAGCAUAUAUAGAUGGGCACCAUUAAUCUAAUGUGAAAUUAAUAAAAGGAGUUUUACAAUUUGAUCAGAUAUUGCCCAUUUUAUUUUGCUGACUUUUUUAUUCAGCUAUUAGAAUCCUUUCUAUCAUUCAGAAUUCUGAACAGUUCACUUUACUCUUAAAAGCACAAAAACAUAUGAGUGUUUUUGUGAUGUUGUCAUACAUUUCACUGAAAAUGCUAAUCUGCUGAUGCGACUGACAUUCAUCUGAUAUUCUAGAAAAGCCUGCAAGCUUCUGAUUCAAGUGAUGGGCAUACUUUUGAGAGUUUAUAAUUCCAUAAUUUUACAUGCCUUUGUUUGGCUUAGAAUUAAUAUUCUAAUGA